AUGGCCCGGAGUGCAGGGCUGGGGUUUAGUGUGGAGGCGCGGAUACGGCCUUGGGGGAGCAUGAGCCUGGCAGGGCUAAGGCUGGUAGAAAGGCAGGGCUGGCCUGUGAGGGGUCUGAACGCCAUGCUACAGCCCCAUGUGGGUGGGGGUUUCCGCCUCUGGAAAGACCCGCAGCUGCAGUGUGGAAAGUGGCUCAGGCAGCCCUGGAGGCGCCGGCAGGCCAGGACAGAGGCUGUUCUGCGGGCCUGAGCUGAGGUAGGAGCUGCCAGCCUGGAGGACUCGCUGAGGGCAGGGCUUUCCUCUCCUGCUUUAGCACCCACCCUGGCGUCAGCCCCGCUGCUCUCUCCUUCCUCCUUCCCUAGCCUGUCCUGGAGGAAGUAGGGGAUGAUGAAGCACCUCGGAGUGUGGCCAUGGCCUCCCACCCACGUGGGGACUUUGUAGCCUCAUCUCCGGGGCAAAGGAACUACAACAGCUUUGGUCUCCAAUGGGUGGAAGAGUGGGCUUGGGAGUUGCCUUGGACAGCUGAGUGCCUGUGAAACACGGUCCCACAGAGACUUGGCACAAGCAAGGAAGUAAAGAGCAAGGGCGAGGAUGCAGGGAUGCAGGAAUUUGAGCAAGGUCCCAGGAUGGCCGUGUCCUUCUUUGCAUCUCUCCUCCCGGAUCGUGAGCACAGCAGCCCAAUGGACAGGGAUUUUCAAAUGUUACUUCUAGAAAGGAAAACUGCAGCCUGUCUCCACCAUCUGUAGGGCUUCGGAGGUAAAAAGGUGUGUUCCCAGUUAAAGGUGGGCAAAUAGCAGAGCCAGGCUGAGAUCCACCCGUCCUGACAUGGAGUCCAGGGCCCUCCUUUGGUAAUAUUUUGCUGGAUGAAGCCAUGCAUUCCGUGUCUUUCGAAAUUCCCUGUGGAGCCUAGUGCUGUUCUCAGAACUUGGAGCCAGCAUCAACUGACCUUUGGUCCUUGGGGCAAAGACCUGGUCCAUGAGCCCAGUCCAGGGACAUAAAGGGAGAGUGGGUCUGAACCCUUGCUCUCUAAAGUGGGAAACCUCAUGUCCUGCUCCAGAUCCGUCAGAGCCCGGGAGACACUGUCGCACCCAGCUCACGGGGACAGCAGCGAUGUGUCAGGACAUGGAGGCGUGGAAGCAGGUGUUCCAGGAAUUAAUCCGGGAGGUGAAACCAUGGCACACGUGGAAACUGACACGAGACAAAAGCCUUCUUCCUAACAUCCUGAAGCCAGGGUGGACACAAUACCAGCAGUGGACCUGUGCCAGGUUCCAGUGCUCCUCAUGCUCUCGAAAUUGGGCCUCUGCCCAAGUUCAGGUUCUUUUCCACAUGCACUGGAGUGAGGGGGAAUCCAGGGGCCAGGUGAAGAUGAGGGUCUUUGCCCAGAGAUGUCAGAAGUGCUCCAAGCCUUCGUUUGAGGUUCCCAAGUUUACAGAAGAGAACAUCUCAAGGAUCCUGAACAACCUGGUGUUGCAAAUUCUGAAGAAAUGCUAUAGAGAAGGAUUUACGUUGGUGGAGAUUCCUAUGAUCAAGGAAAUCUCUCUUGAAGGGCCACAUGACGGUGACAAUUGCGAGGCAUGUCUGCAGGGCUUCUGUGUGCAGAGUGAGUUAGGUCUGGCCAUGUGGUCACCAAUAUCCAAUUACCACCAAUUACCUCCCACAAUAAGCUCCCCCAUCCUCGGGACCACCACCGAAAAACCUUCUCCCACGAGGAGUAGCACCGGAGGGGAUGCAGUGAAGAAAAAGAAGGUAUUACCCAGACAGUCGUUUCCUGAGACCACACAAGCUGAGAGCCUCCCCAUUUCCUGGAGCCCGAGAGCAAACACCAACUUCCAGGCAGAGAGAAGAGACCAGAACUCCUUCAACAACUGCACUUUCUCUUCCCACACAGCCCAGCGUACCAGGAGCUUAGGCAUGAGCUGCUGCUGCUGUCUCAUGCUAAUAAUCAUCAUUGUAAUUGUGGUAAAAACCACUAUCUGAGCCUGGAAAGCAUGAUGUUGAGUUUAUCAGACACACAGUCAUCUAUUGUAUAAUCCCAUUGAUGCAAAAUAUUCAGAAUAGGUAAAUCUAGAGAUGGCAAGUAGAUUUGUGGCUGCCAAACAAGGGACUGGAGGGAGAGGGGAAGUGGGGAGCAACUAUUUAAUCUGUAUGGGUUUUUUGGGGAGGUGAUGAAAGUAUUUUAGAGGUGAUGGUUGCACAACACUGUGAAUGCACCAAAUGCCAUUUAUCUGUUCAUUUUAAGAUGGUUAAUUUAAUAUAAAUUUCACCUCAAUUUAAAAAAAAAAGAAUGCUGCAAUUUCAUUCAUUCUCUAGAGAACUGAGACUGAGGCGUUUAUGGCUCACAGAACAGUUUGGAAAUCUUAGGAGACCUGGGGGCCCUCUCCCCAGAUGACUUUGCACAGACCUUCUGAUGUCAAUCUGUGGAGGCGUUUGCCGUCCAAAGCAUUAGUCUGAAAAGCCGGGUUCUAGAGCAGUGGUCUCCACCGAGGAGCUACACGCAGCUGAGGGCUGAGGCAGGACCAUCUGCCCAGGUGGGGAGAUAUCCUUACAACUCCAUUUAAUUUUUGUUUGUACUUAACUAUUUCUUGUCACAUGUUUUAUCAUGUAUGUUAAUAUAUUAGUAGAAUGGUAUAGUGAUAUGAUAAAUAAAUACACACCCA